ACAAUAUUUAUUAUCGAAAUACAGUAUCUAAAUAUUCUACACUACAAUUCAUCUUCAACAAAAUCCCUGCUCGUAUGCCAAUCAGAAGUGUCAAACUGCUCAAAGUUAAGAUAUCGACAUAAAUUAAACACAUCAUUAACAUAACCAACCCCUUAUUUCGUGAAAUAAUUUUAUUAUAAUAGAUAAUUUAAAACUGGCCAAGUUCACCCCACCGCUGGUGGGGGCUAAAUGAGGAAUGGGCGGAGCGUGAAUUAAAGCUACACAAUAUAAAUCUGUGCGUCUCUUUCGCACAAAUGAGCAAUCCUAAUAGCAGUAAGCGGCUUACAAUGGGUGUUGACACUCUCUCGUAUUGCUGUCCCUUUUUGACCCGGGCUUAUGGCAAUAGAGUCGUUUCAAUGGCCCUUCAUAGUUAUAAAGGUAUAGACAAGCACUGGAGGUCCACGUGAGAUUUUGUAAUCAGUGAAUUGGCGCCUUUCGCAAGUAGAGGCGCAAUGUCCGCGCGUUUGACAGUUUGACGUUUCGUUUGGCGGGAAAUUUUACUUGUGUGUUGACAGACACGAGGCUGUGAUAAUCGCGAUAUACAGCCAGCAUUAGUAUUGUGAACUUUUUUUAUAAAUUAUUUAGUGAUGUUAGAAGCGGCCAGUUGAAGGUUGUUUUAGUUAUUGCUAGUGCAAUAACUUGGAUUUUUUUUCGUAGGAAGUAAUUUAAGGUCGCCACCAUAGAAGAAUACGGGGUGUACACGAUGCUGCCCGCGCAGCAGCUGCCUCCCAUCAGCCCGUGGCCCCCCGACGGCAACCUGCUCGACAGGAUGGACGACUUGGCGCACAAAGGUCACAGCGGUGUUAACCAGCUCGGCGGGGUGUUUGUAGGAGGGAGGCCGCUGCCUGACUCCACGCGCCAGAAGAUCGUGGAGCUGGCGCACUCGGGCGCGCGGCCCUGCGACAUCAGCCGCAUCCUGCAGGUCUCCAACGGCUGCGUCUCCAAGAUCCUCGGCAGGUAUUACGAGACGGGGUCUAUUAGGCCUCGUGCGAUUGGGGGCUCCAAGCCUCGUGUCGCCACCGCUGAGGUGGUCAGCAAGAUAGCGCAGUACAAGAGGGAAUGCCCUUCCAUCUUCGCGUGGGAGAUCAGGGAUCGCCUGCUCAGCGAAGGAGUCUGCACCUCGGAUAAUAUACCUAGUGUAUCUUCAAUAAACCGGGUGCUCCGUAACUUGGCAGCUCAGAAGGAGAAGGCGAAUAACCAGCAACCGUCUCCAGAAUGUUCCACACCGGUGUACGAGCGGUUGCGACUGUUAGGGGCCCCGGGCGCAACGCCAGCGUGGCCCCGGGCCCCCUGGCCAGCGCAGAUCGACGCUAGGACCCCGCCGUACCAACUCCACAGCCUAAGUCCGGGCCCACAAGCCAUCAGCUGCAACGGCGGCGAUAUGACGGCUAUGAAAAAAAACGAGGAGCCACUAGAAGGUCUGGAAGGUCUACAUUCAGAUGAGACGGGAUCCGGAGACAACUCCAACGCGGGCUCCAGCGGCGCAGACGAUGACGCCGCUCGGCUGCGACUCAAGCGGAAACUGCAGCGGAAUCGGACCAGCUUCACCAAUGAACAGAUUGAUAGCUUGGAGAGAGAAUUCGAAAGAACCCACUACCCAGACGUGUUUGCUCGCGAGCGACUGGCCGCCAAGAUAGGCCUACCUGAAGCUAGAAUACAGGUGUGGUUCUCGAAUCGGCGCGCGAAGUGGCGGCGCGAGGAGAAGAUCAGGUCGCAGCGCCGCAGCCCCGAGUGCGGGUACAGUGGAACCGCCCCCCAUGCGCCGGCGCACCCCACGCACCACCCGCCGCCCGCGCAUCCCGCCCAUCCAGCGCAUCCGACGCACCAGCCGUAUCAACCGCCGCUGAAUGUUGAUAGUUACAGCCCCCUAACUCCGAUGGGCUACGGCGGCGGCAUGGUGCCAGAGACCCCAGUAUGCGACACGACAGAAGCGGAGCUGUGCAAGAGUGGGUUCCUGGGGUACCCGCGCUACGAGCUGGGGUACCGGCAGCCGCCGCACCCGUACGUGAACCACCAUGGGUACCAGCAUGAACCGGCGUCGCCUCCACCAGAAUUAGGCGGUCUUUUAGGCACUGGAGUGUCGGUGCCCCUCGCCGUGCCCGGGCAAGACUCGCAGCAGUACUGGUCACGUCUCCAGUGACCCUGGUGGAAUUAGCCGACGUCAUAACACCAUUCAAUUACACCACGACGACAUUCAUCAGUUAAUCGGCCAUUUUGGAUUAUUGUGUCACUUCCAGUGAAAAUACAUACCAAUGACUUGUGAUUGAUUUUUGUGAAGUUAUCCGGCAGUUAGCAGAUUCGGUUGUAUUUAGCUUUGAAUUAAUAAAUAAUCGUUGUAAAGUUCCGGAGCGACUGGACGGAUUAUCGUGAUUUUUGCUUCGUACAUUCUUCAGAGUCCCGGUUCUGUUAAUCAGUUAUAACAAUAAAAAUCACAAUAAGACAUAUUUUUUCCUAUAUAUGUCGAAUAGAGGCGAUACCAAGCUUAAAAGUCUAUUGAAUCAACUUGUGACGACUAGUAGGACCUCUUACGCCUCACUAACGCCAUCUCGCGAGCGCAAAAUUGAAAACCGUCAUUAGAAAAACGUUUUUUCCUUUUAUUAACGACACUUACAUGCAUUAUAUCUAUUGUAGCAUUAUGUGAUCCGUUAUAGAAGUCUCUCAAACAACAGUGAUAAAAUUAGAUUUAAGAAAAUAUCGGAAGGCAUUUAUUUGUCUUUAGAUAGCAAAACACCUGAAAUGUAGGUACUGUAGAAAUAUCUGUCUAAAGGUACGUGUCCACAGGCCCGCAUCGUACGCAAGGGAUUUUAGUUUGUCUUGUAUAGAAACUCAUACAACUGCGUCCACUGAUCCGCAUCGUACGGACCGCAUCAUCAGCAAUGCCUACAUGCGAUGCGUACUGAAGACGUCAUACGGAAUGCAUACGAUGCGGGCCUGUGGAAGCUUACCUUUAUAGUUUGUAUUUGUUCAUUUGUAACAUUUUUUGUACUUUACGGUGAUAUUUUAUUUUUAUUAUCAUGAGAUUAGAAAACAACUAAGAACACGUAUAGUAUAAAGAAUUAACAUAUCCAACAGACGCCACAAAACAGGACUUGGAGCACAAAACAUAGGCUCAAAUUGUAUUAAAAUACAUUAGAAUAUUUCAUUCAAAACUUUAUAAUUAUAAAUCUUUAAUAGAUUUCCAAUGUAAUCGUUAACGAUGCACAUUUAAUGUUGUGUCUUUAGCUUACUUUGAAUGAAAUAAUUUAAUAAAUCGAUAUAAGUGUUAAAAAUAUUUUAUUAAAAAUUAGAUAGUUAGCUAAGUUUAGAAUUAAAUAAGUAUUUAAUUGUGUAUAUUUGUUGUAAAUGUUUAAUUGAUAAUGCUGGCAUAAAUAUUGUAAGAAUUUUGCAAUUUUUUGACAGAUGUGGCUGAAUACUUGUAUUACCUUUGCCUAUAGAAAUAAACAGUCAUAGAUACAGACCAUAAUGAUUUUAACAGUUGUCUAUAUACAAACAGGAUUUAAAUAAUGGUCUAAUUUAUAAAAAUCCCUUCAAAAUAUUUAAACUCUUUCACAUAAUAGUAGCAAUGUAAAUUUAGAUUUUUUUAUGAGAAACAGGGCUUGUUAGUAAUAAGUGCGAAACUGUAAAUAGUUACUUUUGUGUACCUAAUAAUUGUUCAUUGUGAUUAUCCCUUUGUAAACCUAAUGAGAAUGCAGUAAAAUUAUGCAAUACUGCAUUCAUUUAGGUACUUUGUUUAUUGUCAGUAGCAAUACUUACACUUUUAAUGGUUUUUAUCCUGAAUUAGCUUCGUUUGAUAUCAAAGUUAUAGGAAAAUAGUUGGUUUAAACCUUGAUUGUAUCUCUCAACCGUAAUGUGCACUUCUGCCUAUCUCUUUGGGGAUAAAAAAGGCGUGAUGUUACGUUACGUAUAUCUCUCAGCUUGUCUUAAAAGGAAAUUAGUUACAGGACUAGCUUGGAUCAUCCUUGAGGAGUUAAGUUCGAAUUUACGAUUACUUUCUAAUGUGUAUAUGUAUUGAUUAUAAAUAAAAAUGUGAAUAAUUGUGUGAUGUCGAUGAUACAUUUUAAUAACAUUAUAUGAAUACACUUUUGGAUCAAAGUA